UGAUGUAGACCCACACAUUGACAUUUGAAUUAUGUGCCAGACAUAGUUUCAUCAUGAGUGAAAUGAUGAGAGGAAUAAUCGAGGCUCUGUCUCAAGAGCCCUUCAAGAAAAGCUACAAUUUGAUCACUUUUGAUGCCUUGAAAACAGAUCAGCUCCUCCAGGUGCUGAAUGACGUCAUCGCAGAAAUAGAUCCAAAGCAAAAAUGCGACAUCAGGGAAGAAGAACCGGAUCAAAUGGCUCUUCGCAUGUUCGGGGUUUUGCGAAUUCUCAAAUAUCCGCAUCCGGACAAUGUAAGCGAAUUUUUGCAAGCAAUCUUGAAAGCGGAAAAAGGAGUCAUUCAUCACAUCUUGGAAUGGCUCCUGAGCAGAAUACCAGAGCUGAAGAAAAGAGCGUAUUUGGCAAAAUUCCUUGUCAAAGUCUCUGUUCCUCUCGACAUCAUCGGUGACCCAGAAGUUCAAGACCUUUACGAUGAGUAUGAGCUGCUGAUGGAGGACUUCAAAAAUGCCCACAAGGAAGUUGAACACUUGAGGAAUUCUGGUUUUUCAACUGCAGAACUUCGCAAAGACAUUCAGCAAAUGGAAGAGGAAAGAGAAGUCGUCCAGCAGCGAAUUCAAAGGAUGAAAUCCAAGGCAAGAAAAUUAAUUUCCAAGCAUCCAAAAGAAGUUAGCCAUGUAUUUAUUGUUAGUGGAAUCCUCUAUGAAGGGAUCUCUAUUGUUGUUUUCUGCAUAGAAAAAUUUGUAAUUUCAAUUCAAGAAUGUGUUCAUUUUUCCUCAUUAAUCAAGGUGGAAUCAAAUCCAAAUCACGAAUCUAUGCUGGCAGUAGCAAGGGCCUUGAGAGCAGAAAGAGAAAGGGAAAGAGAACUUUCAGUUCAAAAGCAAGACCAAGUGGCUUCAAUAUCACACUAUGACCAAAGAAUCCAGAGGAUGCAGAGUACAUUGAAAUCCCUGAGACAAGCAGGUCUUGGAACAACUGCUGAAGGUCUCGUGAAAAAGCUUGAUGAAGAAGUGCGGGUGAACGCAUUCAUUGUGGAGGAAAAGUUGCCAAGGGAAGUGGAAACCAAAAAAAGACACGUGGCAACUCUGGAACAAGUUGCCGGCGGUCCAGCAAUGGGUCACUCUGACCUACAGAAUAUCCGAAAUAAGAUCUCUCAAACGCAGUCACAAAUCCAAGCCAUUCGGGAGAAGCAAUUGGCAGAGGACAAUUCCACUGAAGACCAGCAAACACUCACCAGACAACGUCAGCAAGCAGCCAUCAUUGUUAAAAAGAAAGACUCAGCAGCAGAAAAUCUGAAUGAACUCCGAACGGAAAAGGCCCAACUGGAGGAUGACCUCAAGGAUAAAAAGGGUCAAUUGGAGCAAUUCGGAGGAGACGGGGUUGUAAAAGGAGAAGAAUUCAAAAGGUACGUUAAUAAACUCAGAACCAAAAGCACUCUUUACAAAACCAAGCGUCAAGAACUGUCAGAACUUCGUGCUGAAUUUGGUGUCUUGAGUCGCACUGAAGAAAUUCUAAGAGCCAAAGAAGACCAUGCACAAAGAGCUUUGGUAAGUAUUACAUAUAGAGCAACUUUGGAGGCAAAACAGGGAAUUCCAGGGUUUUCUCUGGCACAGGAGAAAAUGGAGGAAAUCAGCACUGAGAAGGGUUCCAUUGAUUCAGCAAAAGGUGCAACUCUGAAUGAAAUGUCAGCAAUGGUCUUGCAACUCAAUCAGAAAAUUGCUGAUAAGAAAGCCCGACUUGCACCAGUCAUCAAAGAGUUGAGACCCUUGCGUCAAGAAGUGCAAGACAUGACGAUAGAAUAUGAAGAAAGAAAGCAUUCUUAUGAUUCCACUGCUGCUGGACUGGAAUCAAGCAUCGCAAAAUUGCAACAGCAAGUAGCCAAGUUGAACAAGGACUUUUCGAGCUCAGAAAGCAAAUUCCACAUUCUCCAAGCGGAAAUGACUGUGAUGGAAGUGAUGAAGGAGCAAACAGAGGAAGAAACUAAACUUUAUGUCACAAAAACCGGGUCUGGGUCUCAAAAAUCCAUCAGAGAGCAACUCAUGAUGAACAUAUCAGAUGCUGAAAAAGUUGGAUCAGAGUUGAGGACAAAGCAAAAAAGUUUGAAAAGUUCUCAUCCUGAUGCAGGGAGACAGAAGAUCUUCUGGGCCAAUUUGGCAAAGUUGAUGGAUGCUAAGCGUCAGAGCUAUGAAAUGAUGAAAGGUGGUUCAUUGGCAGUGAUCAGGAGGGAUCUUCAAGGAGAAACCAUGACUUUGNAAAGCAUUCUUAUGAUUCCACUGCUGCUGGACUGGAAUCAAGCAUCGCAAAAUUGCAACAGAGAGCAACUCAUGAUGAACAUAUCAGAUGCUGAAAAAGUUGGAUCCGAGUUGAGGACAAAGCAAAAAAGUUUGAAAAGUUCUCAUCCUGAUGCAGGGAGACAGAAGAUCUUCUGGGCCAAUUUGGCAAAGUUGAUGGAUGCUAAGCGUCAGAGCUAUGAAAUGAUGAAAGGUGGUUCAUUGGCAGUGAUCAGGAGGGAUCUUCAAGGAGAAACCAUGACUUUGUAGAUUGAAUUUAUGUCAGAAUCCCAGAAAAAGGCUUCAAAUUGACAAGAGGUAAAAAUUGUUUAGUACCAUGUAUUAUUGAAGAUGAUCCCAAGCUACAGAAACAUUCAUCAGUUAUUGCUUGAAUUCCUUGCAUUUAUUUUCCAUUUUUUGGGGGAAACUGAAAUAGAAAAUUGACAAAAGAAUGAA